UCUUGAGCCACACUUCAUGUUUCGUUGCACAAAUCAAAGUCUAAAAUCUCAAGCUCGGAGUUUCGGAUAUACGUAUAUCUACGAUUGGUAAAAAAAUGAAGAUUAUUGCAUUUUCUUUCCUUGUUAUUUCGGCUUAUCAAUUUUCAUCAGUCGAUGGAACUUACUACAAAGAGAAGUUUGAUUCUUUUAUAAAGACCUCCGCAUUCAGCUAUUAUGAGAAGAAAAUCCGACCGAUCGCCGACCAGUCACAAGCCCUGGACGUUCAAAUCGCGUACAGCGCUGUGUCCAUUAACGGACUGGACGCUGCAGGUGGGGUUCUGGACAUCGUGGGAAUACUGACCGCCACAUGGCAAAAUGAUUUACUCAUCUUCAACACCUCCACCGACUGGAACGGACUGGAAGGACUCUUGUUUCCGCAAGAUAAAUUUUGGCGUCCCACAUUAGUACUGGACAACUCGGCAACAUCUCUGACUGAGGUGGGUGACAGUUCCUAUCGCAUUAGAAUCGAUGCUAACGGAAAACAUGAAUGGGUCAUUGGACUAGUGGCUUCAUCAGCCUGCUCUGUCGACGUCACAAACUUUCCAUUCGAUAGCCACUCUUGUGAACUUAUUUUCACUCCAUGGGGAACAACAAGCUCGGAAGUGACGUUAUCACCCAACGUAACAACUGUAGAUCGAACCCAUUAUUCGGAGAACGUCGAGUGGACAUUUGUAUCCUCGUCCAUUACAUCCAGCAUAGAGAACAACGCGUCAUACCUGACAAUAACCAUAGACUUGAAGAGAAACCCGGGUUAUUUCUUCGUGAACCUGAUAAUGCCAAUAACCGUGGUUGCAUUGCUCAACAUUCUGGUUUUCCUGCUGCCAUCGGAGUGUGGGGAGAGGGUUGGAUAUGCCGUGACAAUAUUUCUGACUUUUGCAGUUUACCUGGACAUCAUUACGGCCACACUACCCAAGUCCACCGAUUCUACCGCCAAACUAUCGAAUUACCUGAUAUCAAUGGUGAUUCUCGGGGCGUUGACAAGUUUGAUGAUUAUAGUGUCGUUGAACGUGUACCACAGGGAUGAGGAGGCGCCGAUACCGCCGUGGCUAGUCAAACUAUCGACCUGUCUGCAUUGUAAAUGUGGAAAAGGGGAAACAAAACUAUCCUCUGUUGCUCCAUCCCGAGCUUCAAGUCCAAAUCCCAAACUGAGAAACAUGAUCAGUCCCAGAGCGAUAAACAUCGGCAUUGGAUCGCGGCGUAACUCUUUUGAGGUGGAAUUGCAAAAGCUCGAUGGCGGCAAAAGACAGGUUCCCUUGGCCUAUCACGACAAGACUCCAAUGAUGAACUACGCUAACGAGAGCGUCUAUGGUGAUGACGAGGAGGAAGAAAUAGACGUGGACUGGCAUUACGUCUCCACGUCGCUGGACUACCUCUUCUGUUUCAUCACCUUCUGGGUCACCCUGGGCCUGACCUGCUUCUUCAUUGUUCCAUUGGCACUUGUGUGAUCUCUCGUGCAAUUACUGUACUAUACUUAAAUAUCAAACUAAAAUUCUUGAAGAAAAAUUGUAUGCUUGAAAUGAAAAUGAUAUUAUACCGGUAAAAUAUGAAAUAAAACAUGUG